GUGGGUGAGAGUUCCUUCGGCAACCAGAUUCCGCUGCUCACGGGACUAGCAGGUGACGACGUGGAAAGGCUCUUUCGAAACUUGACCUUCGACGAGCUGCCACAUUUGUGGAGCGUGUACAAGAAGCGCGGGUACGCAACGCUGUUUUUAGAAGAAAUUCCGAGCUUCGGUUUAUUUGUGUACCCCGACUACCUGGGUUUCCGCGAACCACCUACCGACUACUACCCUGUGCCUGUAAUGCAUGCAAUGGAAGUUCAUAGGGGACUCGACUACUUCUGUGCCGGCUCGCGCCUUAAGACGAAGGUUUUCUUUGACUACCUGGGUGAUGUCAUUCAGCUGAAUGCCGCGGACGGCAAUCCGUUGUUCUCGUACGUGUGGCUCUCGGACGCGCCGCACAGCAAUCCCCACGCGUUGCUCGUAUUGGAUGGUGCUGUAUACGAGCUGCUGAGAAACAUGCAAGAGCGCCGGCUCUUCGACGACACCGUAGUCAUUCUGCUCAGCGACCAUGGUGCCCGCUUCGGCGUGGCGCGCGCUUCCGAGAUCGGACGCCACGAGGACAAGACCCCAUUUGGAUUCAUAGUGUUGCCUCAGAGAUUACUGCGCAGAUAUCCCACAGUGGCGGUGAACCUUGAGGUCAAUCAACGCCGUCUAGUGACAGCUUACGACCUCCACGCCACCCUCCUAGCGCUGUCCCAGUAUCCCGGCAUGCAUUUCAAUCAAUCGCUCGCAACACAAAGGGGCGUCAGCCUUCUCGGCCACGUGACUGCACAGAGAGGCUGCGGAGACGCCUUU